AUGGGCAAAUCCAAGCCCAGAGAUCGCCGGAGGAACAGACCUGAUCCUACCGCACGGCCUGUCAAGCCGCCCGCGGACCCAGAGCUUGCUGCGAUCCGCGAGCAGCGCAUUCUACCCGUGUUGAAGGACUUGACCAGCGCGGACUUGAAGACCAGGUCUGCCGCGGCGACUGCAAUCUCUAAUAUAAUCGAGGAUACGAAAUGCCGAAAACUUCUACUACGAGAGCAGAUUGUCCAAAUACUUUUGGAGCAGACCCUUACGGAUUCCAGUUUUGAAACAAGAACUGCGGGGUGGGGGAUUCUGAGGAACUUGGCUUUGGAAGAGGAGGCGGAUUUCUGCAUACAUUUGUACCGGCAGGAUGUGUUGACGGCGAUUGAUGGCAGCGUGAAGACCAUUAUCCAAACAAUUGAAUCGCAAGAGACACCCUUCGCCCAGCUCCCCAAGCCACAGCAGAGUUUGGUAUGGAGUCUUACAAGUUCCCUAAUAAGCCUGCUUGCUUCGCUCGCCGAGGCGCAAGACCAAAUCCUCGAAACCAUAUCCAAAAUACCUACCAUUCCCAACUUCCUUUUCGGCCUCCUGUCAUUCGGCCUAACACCCAGCGAAGUCCAAAAUGAGGUCCUUUCGUGUCUAAUGGCUUUGACAGAAGAUAACAAGUCGCUGGUGCAGCAAAUUGUGGACAAUGGGGAUAGGUUGAAGGGCCUGAUGCAGAUCAAAGACUCUGGGAGUGUCCUCGCUAUCGCGGCAUGUGGUGUGCUGCACAAUAUAUUUUCGGAAAUGCAGUGGUCGGAUCAUAAAGCUCCAAAGGAGGGUGCAUCAGAUGCCGUCUUGAUUCCUUCCUUGAUGCAGUUUAUGGAUAUACAGUCAUUUGAGUCUAAUGGCGCUGGCCCCGACCAGGUUCUCCAAUUGGCUCUAGAAAUUACAGCAUCAAUUGCAACAAGCCUCCAAGAGGCGCUGGAGCAAGGGCAUGAGAAGGAGUUCGAGGGCUUUGGGGAUGAUACGGUGGAUAUUGAUGAUAUUGAUGAUAUGGACGCCGAUGAAGGAAAUGACAAUGAAGAAGAGGGCGAAGCAAACCACGAGAUGGACGAAGAUGAGAUUGAUGCAGAUAUGGACUUAGUAACAGGCGAUGACCCGGAGGAUGAUGAUGCUUCAAGUGACGAGCCAACUCUUGAUCUUCUUGUGCGAAAUGCGGCACCCAAGAUACUUUUGGUCGCUCGGCCGUCUGACAAUGGGGCGUCAGAGGCAGUACGAGAUUCAGCCUUAUCAGCUUUGAACAACAUCGCCUGGACGGUGUCUAGUAUAGACUUUGCUACCGGGCAUCUUGACAGCCUCCGAAAAUUUUGGUCGACAUUGGCCCAGAGAAUAUGGGAUGAGAUUAUCAGCCCGGUAUUGGGCUCAAACACUGCCGAUAUCGAACUUGCCUCCAGCAUCACAAGUCUUGCGUGGGCCGUGUCUCGAAGUGUCCAAGGAUCCAUCAGAUUAAACCCAGAGGAAGCACGGAAAUUCAUGGCAUUAUAUCAAGCAUCUAAGGACUUGGAUAAUGCAGAAAGCCAGGCAAACGAUUCCAAAAAGCCUUCUGGGGGAGAAGCUGAUGACUUCCAAAGCUUGGGUGUCAAAUGUAUCGGUGUCCUAGGCAGUCUCGCACUCAACCCUGCUCCUGUAGAGCUAAAUCGUGAGGUUGGAGUAUUCCUCCUUACUGUCCUUUCCGGGCUUCCAAACACACCAGCCGCCGAUACAGUCGAAGCGCUGAAUCAAAUCUUCGACAUUUAUGCGGACAAAAGCUUCGCGUUUGACGAGCCUGUAUUCUGGGGAGAUGGGUUUUACAAACAUCUCGAGGAGAUCUUGCCAAAGGCGAGGAAGCUGGCGAAGACGGUUGAUAAACGGAGGUUUGAGGAGCUCAGAGCGAGGAUUGAUGAGGCGGUUAUUAACCUUGACCGGUUUUUGAGAUAUAAAAAGGCCGAGAAGGAAAAGUCGGCUGAUGCAUAA